AUGGGCAAGUACACGAUCCGCGUGGGCACCGGGGACUCGCUGAUGGCGUUUUCCUGCAACCAGGUGCAGCUGUGGCUGGUGGGCGAACACGGGGAGGCCGACCUGGGGAAGCGGCUGCGACCGCUGCGCCGCGAGACGGAGUUCAAAGUCCGCGUCGGGGUCCACCUGGGGCGCCUGCUGCUGGUGAGGCUGCGCAAGCACAAAGACCUGACCGACUCGGACUGGUUCUGCACCUCCAUCUCCGUGCGCGGCCCCGGAACCCAGGGCGAGGCCCUUUUCCCCUGCUACAGCUGGGUGCAGGGCAACCGGGUCGUCUGCCUGGCCGAGGGCACCGCCCGGACUGUGAGCAACGACCAGAGCCUGUUGAAGACGCACCGGGAACAGGAACUUCACGAAAGAAAGACGGCGUACCGGUGGGGCUCCUGGAAAGAUGGGUUAAUCCUGCCUGUUGUGGGGAGAACUCCGUGCGACCUUCCCAGGAAUGAGAGAUUCCGCGAGGAUAAGGAUCUCGACUUCUCCUUCUCGCUGGCAAGAGCGCUGGAGGGCUUGGUGCUCAAGGGGGCACUGGACCUCACCAAUCCAGUGAGAAGACUGGAGGAUUUCCAAAGACUGUUCCCUUGCGGGAAGACCCCGCUGGCUGAGCGGGUUCGAAAUUCCUGGAAGGAUGACACGCUUUUUGGGUACCAGUUCCUCAAUGGUGCAAACCCCAUGCUCCUGAGGCGGUCGGCCAGCCUCCCAGCGCGGCUGGUGCUGCCUCCAGGGACGGAGGACUUGAAGACCCAGCUACAGAAAGAGCUCCAGGCUGGGUCUCUGUUCGAAGCCGAUUUCUCCAUGCUGGAGGGAGUCAAGCCUAAUGUUAUCAUCUUAAAACAACAAUACGUGACGGCCCCUCUGGUCAUGCUGAGGCUCCAGCCUGACGGGCGACUCCUACCCAUGGUCAUCCAGCUGCAGCCUCCUCGUCCCGGAUGCCCCCCACCCAUGCUGUUCCUGCCCUCCGACCCCCCUAUGGCCUGGCUGCUGGCCAAGACCUGGGUCGGGAGCUCUGACUUCCAGCUGCACCAGCUCCAGUCCCACCUCCUGCGGGGACACCUGAUGGCGGAGGUUAUUUCUGUGGCCACCAUGCGGACCCUGCCCAGCCUGCAUCCCAUCUACAAGCUCCUGGUUCCCCACUUCCGCUACACCAUGGAGAUCAACGUCCUGGCCCGGAGUAACCUUGUCUCCAAAUGGGGAAUUUUUGAUCUGGUGGUGAGCACGGGCAGUGGAGGCCACGUGGACAUUCUCCAGAGAGCCACGGCUUGCCUGACCUACCGUUCCCUCUCCCCCCCUGACGACCUAGCUGACCGCGGGCUCUUGGAUGUGAAGGCUUCUCUUUACGGCCAAGACGCCCUCAGACUGUGGGGGAUCAUCAGCCGGUACGUGGAGGGGAUGGUUGGUCUUUUCUACAAGAGUGAUGCGGCCGUGAGGGAUGACCCCGAGCUACAGGCUUGGUGCAGAGAGAUCACCGAGACCGGGCUGCAGGGUGCUCAGGACCGGGGGUUCCCCGUCUCCUUAGAAUCCCGGGCUCAGCUCUGCCACUUUGCCUCCAUGUGCAUCUUUACCUGCACAGGUCAGCAUGCUUCUGCCCACCUGGGCCAGCUGGACUGGUACGCCUGGAUCCCCAAUGGCCCGUGCACCAUGCGGAAGCCCCCACCCACCUCCAAGGAUGUGACAGAGAAGGAUAUAGUGGACUCACUGCCCACUGCCCACCAAGCCCGCAUGCAGAAGACCUUCACAAAGUUCCUCGGCAGACGCCAGCCCGUCAUGGUGGCCUUGGGGCAGCACAAGGAGAAAUAUUUCUCGGGCCCUGGCCCCCAGGCUGUGCUGGAGAAAUUCCAGGAGGAGCUGGCUGCCAUGGACCAGGAGCUGGAGGUCCGCAAUGCAGGCCUGGAGCUGCCCUAUGAGUACCUUCGACCCAGCAUGGUGGAGAACAGUGUCACCAUCUGAGGGGCCCCAAGCUUUGCCCUCCCUAAGUGCCUUUGAGGACCUCCUGUUCCUUGGUUACACCCUCUGGGGAAGAGACUAGCCCCACAGCUGUGUUGUCAGGGACCCCGGGCUGCAGCCUCAAACGGCUCUGGGGAGUUCACCAGGAGUGGUACCCAGUGACUUCUGGAACUCAGCACCCCCGCAGUCACCCUACUUCAGUGUCCAUCUGGUCCUGCACGUUGUCACCCAUGGACUCCUCGCAUCCCUGUCCUCCCCAGAGAACUUGACUUUCAUAUUCAUAAAAAGGUCUGAUUAAAUAAUAAAGUCGGUGAUACAUGC